AUGGCCCGGACUAAGCAAACGGCUCGUAGAUCUAAUGGCGGGAAGGCUCAAGGUCGCGUGUCAAUCAUGGAUCCUGGAAAGCUGAAGAUCAGAAUACCAGCGCAGACAGUACUACGCGCUCAUGUCGAUGUAUCUUCACCACACGAGGUGAAAAAUGAUGUACAUGACGUUUAUGAUGACCUCAACGGAUUUUUCAGGGAUGCACAGCCCGUUCUCCCGUUCUUUCUGCCUGUUUGUGUGCAAUUAGAGACGUCCAAGCGUUCCGAGAUAUCUGCCUCGCACAUCCUUAUUAUCCACUUUAAACUGGUUGACCACGUGACUACUGGGAGCCCGGUUGACAUCGUCCACCAAUUUUUGGCGCCGUAUUUUCCAUAUGGUGGUCUCCGCAAGCUCGACGUAGUCUUUGAUCUAGGCACUUCUUCGAAAGUCAAAGGUUACAACGAACGAUGCAUGGAGCUCGUCAAGGACGUCGUCGAACAGGACUAUUACAAGUCCGUAUGUAUCGUGAUUACGACCCAUACAGACGAUGACCGCGGUGAUCCGUUCAUUGGCCGUAAGAAGGGAGACAAAAGCGGCUACGUCUCUGCUUCUGUUCCUGAGUUCUUGAACGUUCUCUUCGAGCCGUGGCAGGACGCAAUCACACGCGCUAAAGACACGACGAUGUUCUUCAUGGGCUGCGGAGCCAUCGUCAAUAAUACCGAAUCAUUUCGCGAUCUGCGUCUGUCUGUUCUCAACUCCAAACUUUCAUCUGCAAUUGCAUUCACAGCCCCGCACUUCCAACCGUCAUUCACAUGUCAUUUGGUAGUCGCUUUUGCUGAGCACGUCCUCAUCGAAGGUUUUCCCCUCCGUGAAGCAUUCCCCGAGAUUCUCGGUCACUCAUACCGACUGGGAAUGCACACAGACAUAAUUCUUAUGACAAGAUCUGAAACCAACGGCGCAGCAACGCUGCAAUGCACCCGAUAUGCAUGGUCCCACGCUACAGCUCGUCCAUGGGGAUCACCGCUUCCACUCCAAUGCCCGCAAUGCGGCUGCAUAAGCAAAUGGAAUUUCAGUCGUGACUUGGACAAGUCUAUUUUUGUCUGUUCCUACAAGGGUUGUGGCCGCGGUCGUGGCACGGAAAAGCUUCCUCCCAAGAGGUACAUCCUUCAGUGCCCAGAGGGCGCCAAGCGACUCAUCCCAGGGAAAAGGUCCAACGCUGGAUGGCUGGAGGUGGCUCUAGACUUUUCCCAACCCAACAAGGUAACCAAAUUUUCAGACAUGUAG